AGGCAAGCCAGGCACUUGCUGGUAGCCUCUUUCUCUCUCGGCAGUCUCGGCUGAAGACGUCAGAUCAUGUCUCAUCGGAAGUUUUCAGCUCCCAGGCACGGCCACUUGGGUUUCCUUCCUCAUAAGAGGAGCCGCCGACAUCGAGGAAAAGUGAAGAGUUGGCCCAAGGAUGAUCCCAGCAAACCAGUCCACCUGACCGCCUUCCUGGGCUAUAAAGCUGGCAUGACUCACAUCCUGCGGGAACUUCAUAGAUCAGGACUAAAAAUCUCUAAGCGAGAGGAAGUGGAAGCUGUCACUGUCAUUGAAACUCCGCCAUUGGUGGUCGUUGGGCUAGUGGGCUAUAUCGAGACACCAAGGGGGCUGAGAAAUUUCAAGACCAUCUUUGCAGAACAUAUCAGUGAUGAAUGCCGAAGACGCUUCUACAGGAACUGGCACAAGAGCAAAAAGAAGGCAUUCACCAAGUACUGCAAGAAAUGGCAAGAUGAGGCUGGGAAGAAGCAGCUGGAGAAGGACUUUGUGUCCAUGAAGAAGUACUGCAAGAUCAUCCGGGUCAUUGUGCACACCCAGAUGAAGCUCCUGCCAAUGCGGCAGAAGAAAGCACAUAUUAUGGAGAUCCAGCUCAAUGGGGGCUCUGUGGCAGAGAAAGUUGACUGGGCUCGUGAGAAGCUGGAGAAGCAGGUGGCCGUGCAGAGUGUCUUCAGCCAGAAUGAGAUGAUCGAUGUCAUUGGAGUCACCAAAGGGCAUGGGAUGAAAGGGGUGACGAGUCGGUGGCAUACCAAGAAACUCCCAAGGAAGACUCACAAAGGCCUGCGGAAGGUCGCCUGCAUCGGAGCCUGGCACCCUGCCCGGGUGGGCUACUCGAUUGCCCGGGCUGGCCAGAAGGGCUACCACCACCGCACAGAACUCAACAAGAAGGUUUAUCGCAUCGGCCGUGGGAUCCAUGUAGAAGAUGGCAAAAUGAUCAGAAACAAUGCAUCCACCAAUUAUGACCCAACAGAGAAAGCCAUCACCCCACUGGGUGGAUUUCCUCAGUACGGAGAAGUCAACAAUGACUUUGUGAUGGUGAAGGGCUGUGUGUUGGGUACCAGGAAGCGGGUGCUGACCCUGAGGAAGUCCCUUCUGGUCCACACAAGCCGAAAAGCUCUGGAGGCCGUGGAGCUGAAAUUCAUCGACACCACCUCCAAGUUUGGCCACGGUCGCUUCCAGACUGCCCACGAGAAGCGGGCCUUCAUGGGCCCUCAGAAGAAACACCUGCUGAAAGGGAAGCCAGAAACUCCAGAGGAAUUAUAAAGAUGUUUCUCUGAAGGAAAUACUUCUAAAUUGUUCAUGUCUGGGGCUUUAUCAAAUAUGAGUGCAAACAUAGUCUCUGUUUUUGAAAUGGAAUAGGUUUUGUCAGUCUUAAGAAAAAUGAUCAUUGUGUUGAAAGAGAAAACCCAAUAAUAAGGAAUUACAGGGAGGAUAAAAAAAAUCAAAAUGGUACUUGAGAUGGCAUGAUUAAAGUAGUUGCCAUAUUGACUUUUUUAUCACCUCACCCAUGGACAGAGGUCUCUGGCAGGGGGGCAUUUCUGGACAACCCAGAUAUUUGCAUAUAUAUUUGUGCUUUUGGUUGGUGCUAAUAAAGGUAUUGUCAUAUUA